AUGAAGGCCUUAGCGCAAAGCAUACCAGUGCUUGCUGUGACCGUCUCUGGUACCAAAUUCUCUCGACUUGAUUCCUCGAAAAAGCAGAGGCCUCGUAAUCGCUUUUCGCUAGAAGCUGGCUUCAACGGCCAAUCAACGUUUAUCUCUCAAGCACUUUGCGCUUCUGAUAUCGUAGUUACCCCAGAGGAGGUGUACAAAAUUCUGAAGUCAUUUAAAAGCUCUUGCUCUCGCACUCUUGUGUCAGUGCGUAUUAGUCCCAUAAGUAUAACCACACCUGUGGUUAAAGUGCUGGAAAAAGUGAUACGCGAUAAGCUGGCAACGUACUUCAGCAAAAACAGGAUGAUUCCCAUCGAACAGCAUGGAUUUUUGUGA